GAUCCUAAAGGCCGGCGGCUUCGGGGGCGGCGGUGGUGAGGCCGGACCUGAGCUGAGGACGAGGCGGCAGUGGCGGCGUUGCGACGUCUCGGGCCGGAGAUGGAGGAGGAAGAAGGAUCAUCACCAGAAUUACGUGAGAGGAAAAAGUCAAGCUGCCCUGAAAAUGAGCAAAUAGCUCUACAAACUCUACCAGAGAAAACCAGAGAUAUUUCAACUAUGAAGAGGUCUCCCAAAUAUAUAUUAUUUCAGCGUUUUGCAAAGCUUUUCUUGGGCUGUCUUGCAGCAGUUACUAGUGGUAUGAUGUAUGCACUCUAUUUGUCAACAUACCAUGAGCGGAGAUUCUGGUUUUCCAGCAGACAGGAGCUUGAACGGGAAAUCACAUUUCAGGGUGACAGUGCCAUUUAUUACUCCUUUUAUAAAGAAAUGUUAAAGGCUCCUUCAUUUGAAAGAGGUGUUUAUGAGCUUACACACAACAACAAAACUGUAUCACUGAAGACUAUAAAUGCAGUGCAACAAAUGACUUUGUAUCCAGAACUGAUUGCCAGCGUACUAUAUCAAGCAACUGGUAGUGAAGAGGUUAUUGAGCCAGUAUAUUUCUACAUUGGUAUAGUUUUUGGAUUACAGGGAAUUUAUGUGACUGCGUUGUUUGUAACAAGCUGGGUUAUGAGUGGAACUUGGUUAGCAGGAAUGCUUACUGUUGCAUGGUUCAUUAUUAAUAGGGUAGAUACAACAAGAAUUGAGUAUUCUAUUCCUUUAAGAGAAAAUUGGGCACUGCCAUAUUUUGCAUGUCAAGUUGCUGCUCUUACAGGCUAUUUGAAAAACAACAUAAAUACUUCUGUAGAGAGAUUUUGCUACUUGUUGGUGAGUGCAUCAACAUAUACUUUCAUGAUGAUGUGGGAAUAUAGCCACUAUCUCCUAUUUCUUCAAGCAAUCUCCUUAUUCCUUCUAGACUCCUUUUCCCUCAUGCAAGCAGACAAGGUUCAUGAAGUGUACAAAAUCUAUUUGUUGUCCCUCUUCCUGGGAUAUUUACUGCAGUUUGAAAAUCCAGCUUUAUUGGUAUCUCCUUUAUUAAGUUUAGUAGCUUCCUUAAUGCUUGCUAAAUGCCUACAGCUGAAUGUGAAAAAAGGAACUCGUAUAGCCAGAAUGAUGAAAGUGAUGUAUUUUUAUUUGAUAUUUACACUAACAGUGAUGCUGAAUGUUAUAAUGAAGAUGUUUGUCCCACAUAAAGAAAAUGGGCACAUGUUAAAAUUCCUUGAAGCAAAAUUUGGACUAAAUAUGACUAAGAAUUUUACAAUGAAUUGGCUUCUUUGUCAAGAAUCCCUGCAGGCUCCAUCUCAGGAUUUUUUUUUGCGAUUGACACAGUCAUCUUUAUUGCCUUUCUACAUUUUAGUUUUAAUUAUUUGCCUUUUUUCUGUGAUACAAGUUAUUUUUAGAAGAAUCAAUGGCAAACCCUUAAAAGAAAUAGUUACCCUUGAAGAUGGUCGAAUUGGAGAAAGACCAGAAAUAGUAUAUCAUGUAAUUCAUACUAUUUUAUUGGGUUCUCUUGCAAUGGUGUUAGAAGGCAUGAAGUAUCUUUGGACUCCUUAUGUGUGCAUGCUUGCAGCAUUUGGUGUAUGUUCUCCUGAACUUUGGAUGACUCUUUUCAAGUGGCUUCGAUUGAGGGCUGUACACCCAAUAUUUUUGGCUCUUAUUCUGAGCAUGGCUGUACCUACUAUUAUAGGUUUCAGCUUAUGGAAAGAGUUUUUUCCAAGAAUAAUGACAGAACUUUCAGAACUGCAAGAAUUCUAUGACCCAGAUACAGUGGAACUUAUGACCUGGAUAAAAAGGCAGGCUCCAGUUGCAGCUGUGUUUGCAGGGAGUCCACAAUUGAUGGGUGUUAUUAAGUUAUGCACUGGAUGGAUGGUGACCAAUUUGCCUCUUUACAAUGAUGAAGAUCUUCUAAAGAGAAAUGAAAAUAUUUAUCAAAUCUACUCAAAGAGGUCCGCUGAAGAUAUUUAUAAGAUACUUACAUCCUACAAAGCUAACUACUUGAUUGUAGAAGAUGCUAUCUGCAAUGAGGUGGGAACCAUGAGAGGAUGUAGAGUUAAAGACUUGUUGGAUAUUGCAAAUGGCCAUGUGGUUUGUGAAGAAGGAGACAGUUUUACCUACUCAAAAUAUGGACGAUUUUGCCAUGAGAUCAAAAUUAAUUAUUCUCCAUAUGUGAAUUAUUUCACUAGAGUAUACUGGAAUAGAUCCUACUUUGUAUAUAAAAUUAAUACUGUGAUAUCCUUCCAGUCCUGAAAAAUAGCAAAGCCUUCUUUUCAAAGACUGAUUUGACAUGAAGAGGAAUGAGAUGCUAUUUUCCUACUUGUGUAUUAUUUUGCAAAUCAAAGUGUGGGGAUUUAAAAAGUUUUUUUCCCCCUUGCUUUGUUACCAGACCCAGAAUUUUAUAGGCAAUAUAACAUCAAAACUUAUGAUGUUAAUAUCAACAGUAACAUAUUUUUCUUUUGCAUUGGUUUUUCCAUAUUUUACUUUAUAAAAUAUUAUCAUAUGUUCCCCAUGGAUGUUUAUCUAAAUAAAGUAUAUUAGAACUCCAUUUUUACAUGAAUUUGAAUAUACUGGAGGUCAAAACAUCAUUACAUGUAGUAAAACCUUUAUAUAGUACAGUUGGUCUAUAAGGGAUUUAUUCUUUUACUGUGUACCAUGGUAUAUAACUUUAUUAAUCCUUACAAUAAAGAGUUAAGGAAAGCAGUAGCUGUAAAGAUAAAUAGCAUAGUUCUAAAUGGGCAUUAGACAAAGGGAAGUAAUCUUUUAAAGUGACAUGAAGCUUUGUUCUUUCUAAUGUCCAAAAUCAAAAUAUUUAUGAUAUUCAUACAAAUAGUUUGGUUUUUCUUAAAUAUUGCUUAUGAGUACAUUACUAUCUCAAUAUAUCUAUGCAUAAUACAAUGUUUUAAUUCUGUAUUAUUAUGUAGUUAACCUUUUUUUGUCACAGCAAAAUGAUCACACAUUCAAUGCCAGUUUGAUCAUGAUAAAAAUAAUUAUUGCUGCCUACAUUUUUAUUAUGCAUUUCAAAGGCUAUUAUCAUAUAUUUGCAAAUAUAAGUAUUAGAAAUAAAAUCUGCUUGGAUGUUUCUUGUCAGAAUUUUUCAUGCAACUUAAUCUGUUGCCAGCUACCAUAAUGGUAUAAGUAAUUUUGUCUUAACUUGUCUCCAUUAAAGAAAAUUGAGUACCUAAAUUUAACCUGGCCUGAAAUAAGACUGCAUAUGCAUUAGAAAUAGUAAAAUUACUCAUGCUCUCUGCUCUUUACCACAUCUAUGCACUCAUAGUUACUUAUUUCAAAAAACUCCAAAUAAAUUCUUUGUCAUUAUAAGAUCUUCUAUAAACAUCAGUACUGAAAACUGAUAAUUUAAAUCAGUUUUAUAGAUUUAUCAUUUUUAGAGUCCACAAUUCAUCUUGUAAUCUCUUUAAAUUUGUUAUAUUUUAAUUGCUUACAAUAUUUGCUAAGUCAUCAAAAAUUUUAUGAGCAGUGGCAACCUGUAGACAUAUUUUCAGGAUGUAAAGAUAAAUAUAUAAUAUUUUUCAUAGUCUUAUACAAAAUCUUUUCAAAGUUUUUAGUUAUUAGAAUAGUGCCAAAAUUACAUCACUACCCUUAAAUACAUUAGGAGAAAUCUUCUAUGAAUAUAUUUUUGAAAAAUCAUGUAUUUUACUAGCUAACAAAUACUGAGUGCAUUCAGUGUUGAAGAACUGAUGGAGUUAUGAACAUGGAAUCAGUUUCAUUAGUCUUCAUUUUUACAUGUACAAUUCUGUAAUGCUUUAGCAUCUUUAGGUGAUGUACUUCAGUUUAAAUAUUUGUACUUCCUGGGUAGUAAGUUUCACAUUAUGUUUUACACAAUAUUGAAUUUUUAACUGGACAAAUAUUGUCUAACAUGCUUUACUGCACAGGAGUAUCAGGCCAUAUAGUAAAAAAAAAAUCCUAUAUAAUAUGUUCUUUAAGGAUGUCAAAAGCAAUCUAUACCACUAUUAAAGAAAGAAUAAAAAAAUAGUUAAUAGGAAAUUGACCUCCCAGUGUAGCAUUGAAAAAUUAGCUUUUAUGGAUCUAUUCAUUAAUUUCAUUGAUCUGAUCAUUGUUUUACGUGGCACUCAGUAGAUUUGAGUUUUUUUUAAGUUAUAAUAAAAUUUUUCUUCUACUAAUACUGCUUUCUUAAGCAGAUUCUUUGGUUCAAAUACAGUUUUACUUGAAUUUUAAGAAAAUCUUUUCAUGCAGCAGCUAUUAAAAAGGAAAAACUGAGCUCUUUAACAGAAGAGAUUGAUGGACAUUCACUGACAGUUUUUUAUGUUCAAUUUUUACUAUAUACUAAAGCCACACCAAAAUCUAGGAAACUUUGGGUGGAAGUAGCAAAUCCAUGUGCUGAUUUCUACCUAUGAAAUAAUAUCUUCACUUGUGACUUUACAAUUUCUUUUUAUGUGGUAAUAAGACUUCUCCUUUAUAUGUGCCUAGCAUUAUAAAAUAAAUAAAUAAGCAAUGUUCAUAGUCUUGAGUGAGAAGUGUUUAUGAAAGAAAAUCCAAAUAUACUUUUGUCAUUUCAAACUUGUUAAAAUUAAGUGCCUUGAUUACUCUGUUUUCAACUUCUUGAAAAAUUGUUAUCCAUUUUUACCUAUUUUCUCUAGGCAAAAUAAUGGUAAUUAUUUCCUUAGUAAACUCAUUUUCUAGACAGGGUUGUCAUUAUGUUGUGUUUGUUAUUAGCAUCUACUGUUGGGUAAGAAGGGUGCUAAUACUUCUAAGACACCUAUGCUAACUAAAAACAUUUUGGUUACUUGAUUAUAUUCCAGAACUCCAGGUUAAAAAACAAAACAAAACAACAACAACAACAAAAAAAAAACUUGUACAUUAUACAAAGUCUAUCGCACCAUUUUUUUGUUAACCUACUCUUAGCAAUUCUUCUUAUUCCUGGUAUCUUUUGUUAUUGAAGUUUUUGUUACACUUUUUUUGUUUCAAGUUUAAUCUAUGUUGUGUAUCUGCAAUACUGGAUCAAAAAUGUGUCAGUUUCAGCUAAGAUCCUUUUUUAAGGAUGUCUGUCCAGAUUACCAAUAAUCACAUCUCAAUAUACCAAUUUUUGUAGUUUCAAGACUAAGAAAAAAUGUUAAACUGGAACACAAAAAAUGAUAAUCAAGUCAAACAAAGCUUUGGUACAUCAGUUAUAUGGUUGAUCGUAAAUCUACAGGUUCAAAGUUCUCUUAAUUCCCAUUUAAAACCAAAAUGAAGGAAAACCGAAACUACAUGAGAAUUAUUAAAUUAUACUAUAAUCAUAUUUACUUUUGAUGACUUCAUGAGAAUUUUAGUCCUUUUUUUGCCUUUGACCUUUUAUAUGAUAAUUUAUGUGCUUCACUUUACACAGAGGGCAUGCGCUUAAAAUUGUAUAUAAGUAGAUUUUUUUUUCAAACAAAUAUUUUAAGUACUCUAAGGACUACUGCUGUUAAAAGAUCUGUUUUUCAUCAUGUAAAUCUUUUAUAAAAAAACGUUCUGCAAAGCAAAUAAUGACUCCCUAAUUUAUCCUUUGUAUAAAUCUCAGCUUUUUCAUGUAGAAUUUACUUAAAUUGUUAUUAGUACAAUUGCUUUAAUGUAAGAAAAUAUGAAUGCUACUCUAUAUGAAUGGCCCAAAUAUUAUUUACCAGUAUUAAUUUGAUUACUUUUCUUGCUGACUUCAAAUGAUCACUUGUGUCAUUGACAUGCAUUUCUCCCCAUUUCUUUUGGUUUUUAAGUACAAAGCUUAAUUUUAGAUUCCACUAAUCCUGUGUAUCAACUGUAAGAUAUUAAAAGUGAAAUUGAUAUAAAUAUGGAAAAUAUUUCAUUAGAAUAAUACCUCAUUUUCAGGCUAUUUUGUUCAAAUAAAAGUUACAUUAGCUCUAAAA